AUGGCUACGGCUCUUCAAAACGUGCAAGAUAUCCAUACAUCGAAAGUCACCCAAUACAAAAGGCUCCUGGAGCAGACGCAGGCGUCGUCGGCACAACAGCUCCUCGCCCUCCAGGCAGCUCUUGACGGGGAGAAGGCCCGAGCAAAAGAGCAUGGAUUUCUAUUUAAUAAGUUGAAGAUCAUGUUUGAUCUGUAUCUCAAGGCACGUCCAACGGUUGACUUCGGUCAAUUUGGAUUCGACAUCGUAUCUGCUAUGCGGGGCGACGGUUUUGGCGGAUUUGAUGAACAAGGCAUUAGGGCCGUUACAUCAGCUAUGAGACAAGCGGAUCGCAUGCGUCUAUUGCAUAUCAUUUUGGACGCGUCUAUGCCUGGAGAUAUCCCCUUAAUGAUUUCGCUGCUAAACAAAUACGCUCUGACUUGUUACGAUAUCCUUGGUCACCUUCCCUCAGAAAUUGUUGUCAAGGUACUACCAUACCUGAGUUUAAAAGAAUUGUUGUCAUGCGAACUUGUCAGCCACGCCUGGCUCAAAAUAUGCAGGAACGACGCACUAUACCGUGUACUUGUUAAUCAGGUUACACGGCACGACCCUUGGCCACCGAAGGAACCUGUUGAGCCGGUCGAAGGUUAUUGGCGAUCUAUGUACAAGGCAUUGCGUAAUCGGGAGCUGAACUGGUCUUGGGGAAAUGUCCAAUCUUUACGGUUCCUCAAAGGCCACACAGGCUUUUGUACCACUCUGAACCUGAAAGGCAACAUUCUACUUAGCGGAUCUUAUGACGAGACCAUCCGUCUCUGGGACAUUGACACGGGCGAGCAGCUGAAGUGCCUUCAGGUCAAAGCCGUAUCGUGCGUUGAUUAUCUCGAGGACCAUGAAGUCUUUGCUGUAGGCUUCCAUGAUGUCGGCCGCGUGCAGAUCUUCUCUUCCUUAACAUGGUCCCCGCUGCAAACGCUGCAAGGGCAUUUAUAUGGAAUCCGUGCGGUUACUAUCUCACCCACCUAUAUGGUUAGCGCCGGAGCGGACAAGGCCAUUGUCGCAUGGGAAUGGAGGACAGGCAAGAAAAUCGUCCGAUUUGGGCAACAGAUCAAUAUGUGUAUUGGAGUGCAAAUCAUGGAAGAGGACAGAAUCGUUUCGGUUACCAUUGGUAAGAUUAUCUUACACGAGUCAUUUGUUAGGACUUUCUCAAUCAACAAAAGAGAGAUGCUCGGUCAAUUCCAGCUUAAUCAAUUGGCAUGCCCAGACGCGCUGCUUACCAGACAUUUGACAAGCGUCGGCGUGGGUCCCAACAACAUGCUGCAGUGGUUCGCAGCCAAAGGUCGCCAGAUGACGUGUGCCACCAAGAAUGUGAUCCUACAUUUGACUUGGCCAAAUUUGGAAACGGCUGUGUCAUCCUCUAGGCUGCCGCCCAAUGGAAUCCCAACCCCAUCAUCCUCCCUCAGUCCUCCUGCCGCGCGUCAGAGGAUAGUGUCUGCCAAGCCUGCAAAUGGAAAAGCCGGACUGUCUAUUUCAACGAGCGGUUUGCCACCCAAUACGCCAUCUAAACUCGACACGCCUCCUGCGUCUGCUGCUUCGCCCCCUGUACGCAAGCCCUCGAGACCUAUCAUGCCUUCUCCACGUGCAUCGCUGCGUAGUGAUGUGCCUGCAUCCCCACUUUCAGCUUCCCCGUCUCAGAAAGUUGGGAUCGUACCAAUUCUUGAUCAUGUCCUAAUUACGCCGGAUGUAGCAUGUGGUGCCGUUGAUCCGAGAAAGAGACGUGUCGUAACGAGCACGCGGUUUUCCUCGCGUUUAGGAGCUGAUCGAAGGAUUUUUGUCUCAACCUAUGAUGAGAUCGCUGCUGCACGGUUGGCUUCAGCCUCGCUCAUUCCUGUGGAGUCCCCCAUGGAGAGCCCCGAGCCACCCGGGCCAACAUUUAACUCGGAGGCGAAAGGGAUUUCGGAAAUCCGAGGAGCAUGGAGUGCGCUGGCGCGUGGGCAGGAUGGUUUGGAUGCUGUCUCAUUGCCAAAAGCAUUCAACGGGCUGGCAACUCCCGAGCUGAACCCAAUGGCUCUUGCGCUUAACCACGAGAAAAUUGUUGUCGGAUGCGCGGAUGGAACUAUUUACGUAAUGAGCUUCGUUGGCAACGAGUACACUAUUGCGGAGGCGAGAGAGAAUGCUCUGGCUAACCACAUUUUCAGUGCCACCGUGGAGAGCAAUGUGGCUUCUUGA